UGCCAGGCUGAAUUUCCUCUGCAUUUUAUUUCUUGGAGUUGGUCACUUAAUUCAGCUUUUACAUAAACAGUUCAAAGUAUUACCUUAACAUCUUACACCUGUUUUGCACACGCAUUCCGGUAAAAUAUGGGUGGGAAAAUGUCAGGGCGCCAUAUUGGUGAAUUCACACAACAGAAGUUCAUUUUUGGUGAGGUUAUAUUUCAUGUUUGCCCACUUGUUUAAUCAUUUUUUGACAGUGCGCUUCAGUUUAACAAUACGCAUCACAUAUUUACCAAAGAACAGCGACAGCACGGUCUGGUUGCGUGUCGAGGGCAGACCGGACGGUCCCUUGGCCAGCAGGUUGCUCAGUGCGCGAACAUUUGGCACCUGGGGCUCCUGGACAGCUUGGUAGACUCCAUCCCAGUAACGCGCGGGCACGAGGCGCACAAGAUGAGAAUCUGCACGAGCACAAACACAGUCCGGUGACCAGGUGAGCUGACUGGCUCACCUGCUGCUGCUGCUGCUGCACCGGUAACUCUGUAACCUACCGACAGCUCCGCGCUUGGGGUAUCCCAGACUGUUGUACCAGCCGUCAAGGCGAGGAACCUCCCAGGUUAAUUCACAGCGUGAAUCUGUAGCACCAAGCCAACCGCUGCACAGAUACUCCAGACCCAUUUACGCAAAUCCAUUGAUGCGAGAGAUGCUUACAGCUCAGUCUUCAGCCGAGAGGAGUGAAGGACUUUAGAAAAGACAAGGUGAAGCUUUCUGUUCAAUGCAUCCUCCUCCAAAGUGACACAAAGGGGACAGGGGCUAUAAAAGAAGUGUGUAUGUUCCCUCAACAGUCACUCUUCGCUCACUUCUUCUCUGGUCCUCAUCGUCCAACUCUCAAGUCUCAGCCUUGUCCGUAAGAUCAGGUGCUAAGAUGACUUUCUACGAUGACAUUUACCCAUUCUACGUUCUACAAAGGACCUCCUUCAUCUUCAGUGGCAGUUUGCUCACCAUUAUUCUGGUCUUCCUUGUACUGGCAGCCAGUCUCCUUCUCAUUCUGCCAGGAAUACGAGGGAAGUCGAGGCUGUUCUGGAUGUUUAGAAUAAUUAUCAGCUUGUUCAUAGGUGUGGUGCUAGUGGCGCUCAACUUUACUAGCGACUGGGCUGAGGCCAGAAUAACCACUAAUGCCACCUACAAGUCUUUCAGCAAUGUAGUGGUUAAUGCUGAGAUCGGCUUGCAUGUUGGACUGUACGGUAUCAAUGUCACACUAAAAGGGAAUCCUGUCAUACAGUUCAACGAGACCAUUGACUACAAUGAGGUGUUUAGCUGGCAUGACACUAUGGAGAAAGAGUAUGAGGACGCUCUUGAGAAAGGUUUACCCAACCCCAUCCUCUACAUUGCCGAGAAAUUCACCCGAAGCAGCACAUGUGGACUGAUCUUUCAGUACAGAUAUUCUGGACGUUACGCCUCAGCAACUCUCUGGACGGCGUUUUGCUGCUGGCUGCUCGCCAACAUCCUCUUCCUCAUACCGGUCAUUUCGUACGCUGGAUACAUGAUGUUUUUCACCGCAGCCUUCAUCUUCUUCUCCAUGGCCUCCUUCUCUACCAUCAUGAAUGCGCCACAGUGUAUUUUCUCCAUAGGAAAUGACUCCUUUGAAGCCGCGUACAGCCACUCAUUCUGGCUGGCUCUGGCUACAGGUGUGCUGUGCACCGUCAUUGGGAUCAUCGUGGUGACGUUUAGCUUUAUGAUGCCAGAGAAGAUCAAAGAGGCUUUCAGUGUUGGCGUCGACAGUUGUGAGGAGGAGGAGGUUUCUUAUGGGGAAGGCUACUUCAAUUCAGUUUUCCUUGAUGGAGUGACAAUUUUACCACUGACAUCGAAAGUCAAGGCGGAACAUACAUGAAGCCGCCCUGGUUUCCCUCGGGAUGCCUUUCUAGCCAAUACUUGAAGAUCUUUUUGCUGAAUGUUUUAAGUGUCUAAUUUCACAGCUGUUUUAAUUCUCUGUGAGUCUAAGUGUUAAGUAUAAAGUAUAAAGUGCAUUAUAAAUGAUUUAACUGUAAAUAGGUGUAUUUGUAAAGUUUCCUGUCGUGCUUGCAGUAGUUGUAAAUACAAUAUGUAAUGUUGUAUGGGAUCCAUACACUGUAUAUAUAUAUAUACUGAUCAAUAUGCAUUAUAGGUUGGUUAUUGUUCAACUCUUUUUCAUUAGAUCAUUUCAUUGGAUGAUUUUUAUACCUAACCCAGACAAUGAAUUUGUACAUACUUUUUUUUGUAGUAACACCUGAAUAAAAUAAGAACAAAACAA